CGUUCAUUCGCCUCAAGCCAACGCCUCCGAGCGAGUGAAUCGAUCCAUCAUUGUAGGAAUAAGGGCUUACGUGCGUCCCGAUCAAAAGAACUGGGACGAGGUCUUGAGCAUUGGAACUACACCAUAUUAUAUGGCAUUCGGCCAACAGAUGGUGACUUCCGGCAGUACGUAUUCCCUGCUAAGGAAGCUAAACAUGCUGGACGACCGGUCUGUGGUGUAUAACCGACAGGAUUCGUUCGAACUUAUCCGAGAAGAAGCCACCAAACAGAUGCAGAAGGCGCACGAUCGCAACGAAAAUCGGUACAACUUGCGCUCCCGAGAAGUAGCUUUCAGCGAAGGGCAGGAAGUCUUUCGUCGCAACUUUAAACGAAGCUGUUUCAAAACUGGAUUCAAUGCAAAGUUAUGUCCGGCGUUUAUCAAAGCACGAGUAAGGAAGAAGAUCGGAAAGUCCUACUACGAGCUAGAGGAUUUACAAGGCCAAAGGAUAGGAGUCUACCAUGCCAAGGACAUACGUCAAUAG